CUGAAGAUAGUUUAUAUUUACUCUCUGGUCAAUCAGAACAGCUAAUUUACAACCCAACUUCUCCUCGUGUGACACACAUAUUGUUAUAUAUAUAUCACAAAAAAAGAAGAAAAGUACAGAGAAUUUUCAGAGUCCUGUUCCAAUUUUUCUAACUAGCCAAUAAUUACAAAUCACAGAGCUGAAAAUCAUAUUACAUCAAUGGCUGAACUCGAGACCUCUGAUCAAGGGAUGCCUAAAGUCAUAAAUUUUAUGGCUUCUGUUCUUGAAAGAGUAGCAGAAACAAAUGAUCUCAGCCGGAGAUUUAGUGCCCAGAAAAUCUCUAUGUUUCAUGGACUUACUAGGCCUACUAUUUCUGUUGAAAGCUAUUUGGAGAGGAUUUUCAAGUAUGCCAAUUGUAGCCCUUCUUGUUUUGUUGUGGCAUACAUUUAUCUUGAUCGGUUUUCGCAGAGGCAGCCAUUGUUGCCCAUCAAUUCUUUCAAUGUUCAUCGGCUGCUCAUCACCAGUGUCUUGGUUUCUGCUAAAUUCAUGGAUGAUAUAUUUUACAACAAUGCUUACUAUGCAAAAGUUGGAGGAAUUAGCACAAACGAGAUGAACCUACUAGAGGUGGACUUCUUAUUCGGUAUAGGAUUUCAAUUAAACGUGACUCCCACCACAUUCCACACCUACUGCUCUUAUCUCCAGACUGAGAUGUUGCUGGAAUCCCCACCCAUGCCAAUGCCAAUGCCAAUGCCAUCUUCUUCUCUUAAAAUUGGCAGAAAUGUGAAUCACCAAUAUUGUUGCAUCAAUGAGGAUGAAUCCACUCAUCAACAACAUGAAUUAGCCGUGUGACAAAUUAAAUAACACAAGAAAAUUAUGAACUAAAUUUUGUCACUGAGGACUGAUUGCUUAUAAAAUUCAGUGGAUCAGAAAGUGAGGGUGCACGAUAUUGGAGGCUGAAUAUCAAGUUUGUAAACUUGUAAACAAGCAUUAAAGCUGAUGUUGUAGCUUUGUGGACUAGAUAUUCCAUUUUUGAACGUUUUCUUAGUGAGUUUUGACUUUUGCCGCAUAAUUCAAAUUUCAGCCUCUUUCUUUUAA